UCGCGGGCCGCCGUCCUGCCCACACACAACAUGGCGGCCGGGCAGCCUCAGCCGGCGCCGUGACCCGCUUCCGGUCCGCCCCGUGCCCUACUUCCGGCGCCUCCGGUGGCAGCGGCGGAUCGGGCGAUGCGGGAGACGGGCGGGGCCGGGACGGGCCUGGGCGGCUCCGGGCUCGGGGCUGCCGCCGCCGCCUGCCCCUGGGGCUGCGUGCUGGGCCCCGGCGGCUGGAGCGGCGCGGCCUUCUGUCCCUGGCACUUCCCGCUCAGCGCCGCCGCGGCCGAGCGCGCCCACUGGCAGGCCGCCUCCCGCCCGCCGGACCGCAGCGACAUGGGGGAAGCAUCCGGGGCCCGGGACGCCUUCAGCCACGGUCCCGGAUUCUGGUACAGUCCCCGCCGGGUGGAGGAGUCUGUGGAGGAUGAAGAGGAGGAGCGGAUCGGCUUCAGCCAGCACUGGGACGUGUCCAGCGAGGACAGCGACGCCCCUUACAACUUCUGUGGGUUCAAGAAAUCCUUCCUGUGCGAGGCCGCCCUGCCCACCCACCCGCAGCACAGCAUUCACGACAUGCCCAUGCUGCCCGUGCCCUGGCAGUACUCGCUGACGGCCGAGGAAGCAGAGAGGAACGCGCGGGAGCUGGUGGCGGAGGAGGAGCGGAUAAAGAGGAAGGCAGAGAAAAAGAAGCUGAAGAAGAAGAAACAGAAAGACCGAAAGAAACGAGAAAAAUUAGUACAAGAGCUGCAAAGCAAGCAGGAAACCGAGUCGAAUACCUCAUCCCUGAGCAGCGCUGUGGGCACCGGGCACCCCCAAAACAGCAAUGAUGAGGAGGGGGAACACUGGCUGGGUCCCAGCCCCUCCCCAUGCCUUGGGGACAAUGCAGCCUCUUCGGGAGAGGAGGGAGGUGGCCAGUCAGCCAGGGCGGAGGAGAUGGAGGAUGAGCUGGACUUGAGCUGCACCUUCAUCUUCAAAGCCCGGCAGAAAGCGGGCGUGAGGCUGCCGGCGCCUGGGAAGGAGAAGCCAGCCAGGACAGAUGUCACAGAGCCAGGCAAGAGGGUGCCAGGGAAGGCAUCUGAGCCCUCACUGCCCUGCCUGCCCAAGCCCUCGCCGCCUUCCCUGCCUGCCCCACAGGCACCUGAAUCUGUGCCCCUGGACACGAGCAUGGUGGAACAGAGCCUGAUCCUUGCAGGCCGUGGCAACGAGGCUGCCCAGAAGGGCCGCUAUGCUGAGGCGGUGCAGGCCUUCACUGAGGCCGUGAAGCUGAACCCCAGGGAGCACCGGCUCUUCGGGAACCGCUCGUACUGCUACGAGAAGCUUCGAUGCUACACGGAGGCGCUCAGGGAUGCACAGGUGUCGCUGAGGCUUCAGCCCAGGUGGCUCAAAGGCUUGUUCCGAAAGGGCAAGGCGCUGCGGGGGCUGAAGCGCUACGCCGAGGCCGCCAGCACGUUUGAGGAGCUGCUGCGCCUGGACGGUGCCAACGCCGACGCGGCUGCACAGCUGGAGGCCUGCCGGGCCCUGCUGCGGCGGAGCAGCCCCGGGGGAGUCCCGGUGUCCCUGUCCCUGCUGGAGGCUGGGGAGCCACCGCUGCCUUCCUCCGGCGAGUGGGUGAGCGAGAGCUGCUGGGACACGGACGCGAGCGACUUUGUGACCGUUGUGAGCUCCAGGAGCCAGGCGAAAGGCCAGGGCCGAGCUGUGGCCAGUAGCCAGCAGACGCUGCCUCCGACCCAUCCCGCCAGGGACUGCUACCCUCUCUGGGUGGGGAAUAUCACCCCCAGGAUCAGCAAGAAGGUGUUGCAGAACUCCUUCAGCCGCUUUGGGGAGAUCCGCUUCAUCCGGAUGCUGCCAGAGAGACGCUGUGCCUUCAUCAACUACGCGCAGAAAAAGGCAGCAGAAACGGCCUAUGCAGCCAUGCAGGAUGCCGAGGUGGAGGGAAGCAGGCUGGUGCUGCAGCUCAAGCACCCCUCCCACGCCACCCCGUCCCCGCAGCGGUACCCGGCGCCCCGUGGGGAGGUGCGUGCCCUCCCCCGGGGUCUCCUGUAGCCAGGGGCUCUCCUCAGCUUAACAGCAGCGGAGCCUGACCCUGUGUGGUGCGGCAUCACCCUCCAGCACCGCUGGCACGCCGCAGAGAAGCUGCGCCCUCGGCGUGGCCCUGUCCCUGCGGACGCUGUGAUGGGGUGUCCCGGCCCCCUGCCCGGCCCUGGGGCACCCACCCCAGGCUGCCUUCUCCUGGGCUGGGGGGGCCCCUGCUCCCCCGGGGGGCUGUGCAGGGGGCCCUGCUUUCGCCCUGCCUGUGCCUUUUCCCUCUGCAGGCAGCGGGACCUGCCCUGCUCCGGGUGCCUCUGUGGGUAGGGGUCCCCCCUCUGGGUGCCUCUCCACGGGCUGUGCCACUGCCCCCCAGCUGACCUGCUGAGGCCUGUGCCCCCCCUGGAGCACCAGGGCAGGGCAUGUGCCAUGGGGGGCUGACGGUUACCCCCGCUCCUUCAGGGAUUUGUACUGGAGUCGGGGUUCUUAAUAAAGCUGAGAUCUA